AUGCCAACUUUCAUUUCUGUUGAAUAUCUAGAUUGCAAGUACUAUAAUGGUCUCAUAAUGCAGUUUAAUUCAGUCUCUGAUACAUUGGUAGAAUGUCCUGAAGAUCAAGUCUUUACAUAUCCUGAGUUUCAACUCAGAGAAGAUGUAUACAAAAGGAAGUUACAGAGGAUCAGAGUUAAAGACGUAGAGAAAUCCUUGCAGAUACCUUUACAACAGCAGAGCAUAAAAUACAGACACCAUCUCCUGAAAUUCAUCCUGCUUGUCAUUUUACUCGGUAUUUUGCUGGCGAUCUUCAUCUCCUCAACUAUUUGUCCUCAGCAGAGAAUAUCUGAUGCUGUUUCCCAGCCACAUUUUGUAAACAGGUUAUUGUGGAGCAAUUCUGAUCCUCGGUACAUAUCAAAUUUAGAUAUCAGUUGGAAUGAAAUUUCGCGAGUUCUAGAACACGUACCUGGAAAGAAUACUGUUCCUGGAGUCGGCCUUCUCAAUUUCAACUCCAGUGAAAUUACUCACUGGAAACAGCUUCUUCCCUACUCCAAUCACACCAUCUUGCAUCUGGACCAUGCUGAUCAAAAUGUUACAUGGAACUCCUUUUAUCCUGAAUGGAUUGAUCAAGAACAAGAAUACGAAGUUCCUAGCUGCCCUUCCCUCCCACAAAUUGAAGUUCCUGGAAGUCGACUUGAUCUCAUUGCUGUUAAGCUUCCUUGCAGAAACGAACAAAAUUGGAAUAGAGAUGUUGCAAGGUUACACUUGCAACUAGCAGUAGCUGGUUUAGCCACAUUUGCUAAAGGCAAUUUCCCUGUCUAUGUACUCUUCGUUACCAAUUGCUUUCCAAUACCAAAUCUGUUUACGUGCAAGGAACUUAUUGCACGCCAGGGAAAUGCAUGGUUGUUCAAACCAAACUUGAAUCAAUUAAGAGAAAAACUUCAUCUUCCAAAAGGAUCUUGUGAACUUGCACUGCCACUUGGAGAUGCGGAACAAGACUGUUCAGUGAAAAAGAACCGGGAAGCAUAUGCUACAGUCCUCCUUUCAGCUCAUCUGUAUGUUUGUGGAGCCAUAGCUGCAGCUCAAAGCGUCCGCAUGGCAGGUUCCACCAGGGACCUUGUGAUUCUUGUUGAUGAAACUAUCAGUGAAUAUCACAAGAGUGGACUUCAAAUGGCAGGAUGGAAAGUUCGGACAAUACUGAGAAUCAGAAAUCCCAAAGCUGAAAAAUAUGCUUACAAUGCAUGGAAUUACAGCAAGUUCAGAUUAUGGCAAUUAACAGACUAUGACAAAAUAAUUUUCAUUGAUUCUGAUCUGCUUAUCCGUAGGAACAUUGAUUUCUUAUUCUCAAUGCCAGAGAUCUCAGCUAGAGGAAACAAUGGCGUACUUUUCAACUCUGGAGUAAUGGUGAUAGAGCCGUCAAAUUGCACAUUCCAGUUGUUGAUGGACCAUAUAACUGAUAUUGAGUCCUAUAACGGUGGAGAUCAGGGUUACUUGAAUGAAGUAUUUACAUGGUGGCACCGGAUACCCAAUCAUUUCAACUUCCUGAAGAAUUUUUUGAGUUACGAGGGGGAAGAAGUAAAUGAGAAGAAAAUCCGCUUGAUUGCAGCAGAACCUCCAGUUCUAUAUGUCAUUCACUACUUAGGAUACAAGCCAUGGAUGUGCUCCAGAGACUACGAUUGCAACUGGAACGUUGGUAAACUGCACGAAUUUGCGAGUGAUGAUGCUCACAGAAGCUGGUGGGAGGUGCAUGAUGCAAUGCCAGAGAAAUUGCAAGACUUCUGCAAGUUAAAAUCCAAACAGAAGGCACAGUUGAACUAUGACAGACGAGAAGCUGAGAAAAGAAAUUAUACAGAUGGUCAUUGGAAAAUCAAAAUCAAGGAUCCAAGUUUUAUGAAAUGCAGUGACGACUUGUGUGACUUUGAUUUUGAGUCCAGAUUGUGGCGUUGGGGGGAAAUCGAGUGA